CUUUUGUGAGGCAGUGCAGUCGCCGUACAGUGACGUGUUUCCGGAUAGGCAGCGGCGGACAUGGGUCAAAGUCAGAGCGGUGGACAUGGUCCCGGGGGAGGGAAGAAGGAUGACAAGGACAAGAAGAAGAAGUACGAGCCACCCGUCCCCACCAGGGUUGGCAAGAAGAAAAAGAAGACGAAGGGUCCCGAUGCCGCCAGCAAACUUCCACUGGUCACUCCCCAUACACAGUGCAGAUUGAAGCUGCUGAAGCUGGAGAGGAUAAAGGACUAUCUUCUCAUGGAGGAAGAGUUCAUCAGGAACCAGGAGCAGAUGAAGCCACUGGAGGAGAAGCAGGAGGAAGAGAGAUCUAAGGUGGAUGACCUGCGAGGGACACCCAUGUCAGUGGGAACCUUGGAGGAAAUCAUCGAUGAUAACCAUGCCAUUGUCUCUACAUCGGUGGGAUCAGAGCAUUAUGUCAGCAUCCUUUCAUUUGUGGACAAAGAUCUGCUGGAGCCGGGGUGCUCUGUCUUACUGAACCACAAAGUUCAUGCUGUGAUCGGGGUCCUCAUGGAUGACACAGACCCUCUGGUGACUGUGAUGAAAGUGGAGAAGGCUCCUCAGGAGACAUAUGCUGAUAUCGGAGGACUGGAUAACCAGAUCCAGGAAAUUAAGGAAUCUGUGGAGCUUCCCCUCACCCACCCAGAGUAUUACGAAGAGAUGGGCAUUAAACCACCAAAAGGUGUCAUCCUCUACGGCCAGCCCGGCACAGGUAAAACCCUUCUGGCCAAAGCUGUAGCCAACCAGACGUCUGCCACCUUCCUGAGGGUGGUGGGCUCAGAGCUGAUCCAGAAAUACCUGGGUGAUGGUCCUAAGCUGGUCCGUGAGCUGUUUAGAGUGGCAGAAGAACAUGCACCAUCUAUAGUGUUUAUUGAUGAGAUUGAUGCCAUUGGCACAAAGAGAUACGACUCAAACUCGGGUGGCGAACGAGAGAUUCAGCGAACCAUGUUGGAGCUGCUCAACCAGCUGGAUGGCUUUGAUUCUCGGGGCGAUGUGAAAGUCAUAAUGGCCACCAACAGAAUAGAAACACUGGAUCCAGCACUUAUUAGACCAGGUCGUAUCGACAGAAAGAUUGAAUUCCCUCUACCAGAUGAAAAGACAAAGAAGAGAAUCUUCCAGAUCCACACAAGCCGCAUGACUCUGGCUACUGAUGUCACACUGGAUGAAUUAAUCAUGGCAAAAGACGACCUGUCCGGAGCAGAUAUAAAGGCCAUAUGUACAGAGGCCGGGCUGAUGGCGCUCCGAGAGAGGAGGAUGAAAGUCACCAAUGAAGAUUUCAAGAAAUCUAAAGAGAACGUCUUGUACAAGAAACAAGAAGGCACGCCGGAGGGGUUGUAUCUGUAAUGUUCUCUUCGGUAUAUUUUCUAUUCUGCUAUCACUCACUGGCUGGGGGAAGGGUGUAACGCCGUAUGUGUACAGGGGUGUCUGCUGCAACAUUGGACUGAUCCCCAUUAGCCCCAGAGAAUCUCAUUAGAAUAUGAUGGGUGUCCUUGCUACCAGUCAUCAAACUUGCUGUUUUGUUACCAAGUGUAUGCAGCGUCUGCUACCCAUGUAUACAGACAGGUGGCCUAUGGCGGCUGCUGGAGGUCGUGUGAAAUAAAAUCACUAAAAAACA